ACUUGUGCCUGGCUCUCGUGACGGCGGCGUCCUUUAAGAAUUAGUGCAGCUGUCCCCUUUUAAUUUUUUUUCGCAAGAUAAAGUUGUAAAUAUUUUCAGCCAUGGACGAACUACCUGCUCCGGAACAAGUUCAUAGCAUGCUUGUUCAGUACCUCAAACCCAAUACGCAACUUGUCAACGAAGCAACGGUAUGGCUCCGGAAGUAUUUGCAAAUGCCGCAGUCUAUACCCGUUAUGUUCCAGAUCCUGUACCAAGGCCCUGAACCAGCAGUACGUAUUCCUAUUCCACAAAAAUAUCAACCCGAGGCCUCUAUGAGCCACUCGUCGGUCUUAUGCCACAUUUUCUAUGCGUUCUCUAGUGCGCUCUAUCGGGACCUUAAAGCGUGCGAACUUUUUCACUUUUUGUCAUGAUCGAGGUAUUUCCUGCUCUCCCAUACACAGCAAUGAUGGCCAAAAAUUUCCCUCACCCGCAUUAGUUGACCUUUUUCUUUUUCCUCGGAUUCUAUUCCUGCCUCAGACGAGACAGGCAGCCGGCGUUGUACUGCAUUCUUGGAUCAGAAAACAUUGGAAUAAUAUCCACCCCGAUGUAUCUUCUUAUAUUAAACAAACACUUCUGCAAAGCUUCAUAACAGAGCCUCAAGCUGGCAUUCGAAAAGUCAUGUUUGAACUCGUCGCCUUGAUCGCACACCUUUCUCUCUCUCGUAAUCAGUGGCCAGAAUUUUGGCCCGCUAUGUUUCAAUACGCGAAUUCUUCCCAACCUCUCCAGCUCUGUCUAGUUCUGGACACUGUCGAAAAACUCGUAGUCGAAUAUGAAAUCUUCGACUCCAUACGCCCAGGCAUGAGCGAGUUCCUGCGCCUCUUUGAGUUUUCGCUUUCUCCCAACCAAGACCCGAGUGUCAGAGUCGCUGCCGUUAAAGCCGUUUGUGGGUUCAUGUGCGAGCUCUCGUUCAAUGAUCCUCUAAUUCCGCUCUUCAAACCAAUCGUCAUUUCCAUCAUUGACGUGAUCAAACUUUGUAUUGAAAAGGGCGCCGAGCAAGAACUCACCGACAUCUUCAUUAACCUCCAAACUCAGAUUGAGACCUGUUCUGAAGUCAUUCGCCCGGAGCUGACAAAUCUAAUGCAAAUCGUCUUUAGUAUAUGCGUCAAUCAAAACGCAGACAUCGAGCUGCGUCGAGAGUGCUUCAACUUCAUCCAAUCCGUUCUCCAAUACUGCACCGGCAUGGUUACCAAGUCAGGAUUGGUCGAGCCCAUUAUCGCAGUCGGAUUAAAGGUUGCUGCGGAACCCGAAGAAUCAGAUGACACCGAUUCCUGUUCUGAUUACAGUCCCAAUUCUAUAGCCUGCGGUAUGCUUUUUUCUAUGGCCAGCUAUGUCAAGCCAAAGCAAUACUUCACCAUCAUGACCAAUCAUAUCGGCCAUUGGAUACAAUCCCCUAACUUUUGGGAACGCCGCGCCUCCAUCGAUGCCCUUUCCGCCGUUAUAAGCGGGUGCAGUGAACUCGUAUGCGAACAUUUAGAAGACUACAUCAAACUUUUGGAAACAGCCUUUCGAGACCAAAGCAUCUACGUCCAACGCGCCGCUGCAUUGCUCCUGAGUCAGUAUACCCAGCAUUUGGUCCCAGAAAUCUUGGAAUACAACCGCGUCAUCUUCCCUAUCAUCUUUCAAGCGCUGUCUCAGUCAGACCUCGAAAUUCAAGGCAACAUCAUGUGUUCUAUCUCUUUCCUUGUAGAAAACGCAAGCGCAACCGAUAUUUUGCCCUACUUGAACGACCUCAUGAUCCACCUCGUCCAGAUCGCUUCCGGCGAGAGCCCGGCUGACACCAAAGAAUUGGCCGUCGACGCUAUCUGCUCUGUCGCCACGGUUGCCGGUAGCGAAUUUCUUCCGUACUGGAAGCAUGUCAUCAAUGUCAUGCAGAAACUAAUCGAUCAGACGAACAGAGACCUUUUAACCCUCCGCGGUCAUGCCAUGGAAUGCGUCGGCGUCAUCGCCAACGCCGUCUCUUCCAAAAAUUUCCAACCCUAUUACCAAUACUUUAUGGAGAAGGCGCUAGAAGGUCUGCAAUUACCAAACGUGUCUGGAUCAGAACUCGAAGAAUACACAAUCAUCUUUUUCUCUAGCAUCGCUGAAUCUCUGAAUCAAGACUUCAUACACUACCUCCCGAGCUGUCUAGAUGCGGUUUUGAAGUCUCUCAACUCUGAUGAUGAUGAAAAAUCGGAUACAGAGAGAGAGAUGUCUCUAGAACCACUGCUUUGCAAUGAAGAAGCGUACGAAUUUGAUGACGAUGCCAGUAAUAACUACGAAGAAUCCGACCCAGAAAAUAUCGAUUACAUUUCAAAAAACAGCUGCGUUGAAAUCAAGUGUACCUGUUUGCACGCAAUUGGCUGCUUCGCAAACGCCCUCGGUCCCUUUUGGGUCCCCUAUAUUGAUAGAUGCAUGCCAAUUUUGAUUGAAUUCAGUAACUACAUAAAUCCAAGACUGCGUAUUCGGGCCAUGUACCCACUAGAAAUAUUUGCUAAAUGCAUUUCUCUAGCACAUCCAGCAGCAACCAAGUGGUCUCCAGGCGAUCCGCCAGAACAGCACCCGCUUUCUGAAGAGACCAUGAACUUUUUGACGCUAGUCCUCGACGAAAUCAUACGCCGGAUACCAGCCGACUUCGACACCACUGUAGUCGCUCGGUAUAUCUCAACUUUGAGUUUCUUCUUGGAAACCUUGGGCGCACCAUCCCUUCAUGCUCGCAUGUCCCAACUUGUACCACUUCUCGUAAAAAUUCUGAAGUCCGAAAUCAUUUCCCAAAUCGAUGAAAUAAAUCCAGAUGGUGAAAACGAAGAGGUCCAACAAGAGGCGUAUAACUUGUUCGAUGUGACUUGCGAAUUCGUUGUUGCUCUCGCCAAUGCAUACAAACGCGAUUUUUUGAAAUUUUUCCCUCUGAUUAAAGGCAUCGUACGACAUGUCAAAGGUUCCGUCAUUUCCUCCAAGGACCACGAUGAUAUUGAGCUGUGGCGUCAGUGCGCGCUUGGUACACUAGCCGAAAUUCUAGAAGCAACCGGCGUUGAAUGCUACAGUGAAACUCAAUUACACAACUAUUUCCUUUCCUGCGCUUUUGCGGGCGUUCGGAAUACGAGCGUUCCCAACAAGGCAAAUGCAGUCUACAUAUUCCGUCUGUGCGUAUCGUCACCGUCGUCAUUGAACUACUACUCUAAGAUCCUGGAGCAAGUGGUUCCAGGGUUGCACAGCCAAGAUCCACAAUUACGUGAAAACUGUGCUGGUUGCAUUGGCAAGAUGAUUUUAACGGCCUCCCAUGUUGUGCCCAUAUUUCAAGUUAUGCCCUCAUUUUUGAAUGUUUUCCCUGUAUCUCACGAUCCAGCCGAAUACCCCUACUCUUAUGGCGCCCUCAUUUUCUUGCUAGAACAGGACUUAAAAACCUUUUCGUCGUAUAUUCCUCAAAUCUUUAAAGCCUUUCUCAGCGCCAUCGGAUUAGAGAAUAUGCAAGAAGAUGUCAGAACUAAGUUGGUGAACGCCCUCCGCCAUAUCUGGAACAUGUUAUCGAAUCAACUGCAUCCUGUCCUCAAUGAAUUGAGCCAAGAGCAACUCGGUAAUUUCCGACAAUACAUUUCGCAAUAAGAGCUGUUGAAAAAUACACAAUUUUAUUUUUUUUAAUGUAUUUGUGUACUGUGCCUAUCUUCUGCAAUAAAGCCACCCGCUUGUUUUCUCGCCGGC